GGCGACACACUUCACUCUCUAGUAACGACGAUAUCAACUCCGAGAAACGGGACUGUAGUAGAAAGAAAGUCCACCGACUUCUCUCCCUCUGAAAAUCUCAGAUCAAAUCACAGAUGCAACGAUUGUAAUUAAACUUUUAGCUUUAGAUCUCUUCUUGAAACAUCUGCAAAGAUGGGAUCUGUCUCCCUCAAGAUCGGCGACGGAACCGCCAGAUUCCGACGAACAUCCAUCUGCUCCUCCGCCGUAAACCUCCUCAUGCUCUUCUCCGUCGUCACCACAAACCUCUUCGCCUUAUACGCCUUCUCCUCCCACUCCCAAUCCCAAUCCCCCAACUCUCCCCUCCUCCACCACUCCCAAAACAUCUCCCUCGUCUCCCAACACCUCUCCCUCAUCCUCCGAGAGAUCGACACCUCCCAACGCAAACUCGCUCAGAUGGAAAAACAACUCCUCGGCUACGAAUCAAUCGACCUCUCCCGCCCCAACACCGUCCCCGAACUCAAACUCUACCUCCAGCGCCACCAGCUCCCUCUCGGUAAAGACUCGAGAACCGGAAUCACGGAGAUGGUCUCCUCAGUGGGUCACACCUGCGAGAAAUCUCCGGAUUUGCUUUCGCAGUAUAUGUCGUACAAAGUGUUUGAUAAGUGUCCUGAUGACUGGAGCCUCGGGCAAAAGCUCGUCAUCCGCGGAUGCGAGCCUUUGCCCAGGAGACGUUGCUUGGCGAAAACCGUCGCCAAGCAAGAUCUCAGGCCGUUUCCGGAGUCUUUAUGGAAGCCUGUUGGUAACAAGAGUGUUAACUGGAGUGGGCUUGGUGGCUGCAAGAGCUUUGAUUGCUUGAGAGGGAAGAAACUCGGCCCGGAUUGUUUCGGAUGCUUCGAGUUAGGUAACGAGAAAGAUAGGUUCGUGAAGAUUAAGUGGAAGAACGACUUCUUGAUCGACGAUGUUUUGAGUUUAGGCAACGGGAAGAUCAGGAUUGGGUUCGAUGUUACCGGUGGUGGUUCAGGGACUUUCGCGGCGCGGAUGGCUGAGAGGAAUGUUACUGUGAUUACCAACACGUUGAACAACGGUGGUCCGUUUAGUGAAUUCGUGGCGGCGAGAGGGGUUUUCCCGUUGUUUUUGAGUUUGGAUCAUAGGUUUCCUUUUCAUGACAAUGUGUUUGAUCUUGUUCAUGGCUCGAGUGGGUUGGAUGUUGAUGGGAAGGUGGAGAAGAUGGAGUUUUUGAUGUUUGAUCUUGAUAGGGUUUUGAAGCCUGGUGGGUUGUUUUGGUUGGAUAAUUUUUACUGUGCUAGUGACUUGAAGAAGAAGGAGAUGACGCGUUUGAUUGAGAGGUUUGGGUAUAAGAAGCUGAAGUGGGUUAUUGGUGAGAAGGCUGAUGGGCAAGUUUAUCUCUCUGCUGUUCUGCAAAAGCCUGUGAGGGUUUGAUCGUGAUGGUAAGAGUAAUACUCUUUACUGUUUACUUUGAUCAUAUGAUAUACAGAAUUGGAUUUCAUGUGGGGAUAUUUGUAUCAGAGAAGAAUAAGCAUCAAUUAAUGUCGAUUAUUUAUUUAUGGAGGCUAUUGAAGAAUCAUUUGUAUAAGCUUAUCAGUUACUGUUUUUUUUUUUUAAUUUUGUCGAUUAUAGUUACUUUUUGCAAUUCAUAUCCUUAUAAAUUACGGUAUUACGCU